UUAUUCCAUAAUAAGAAAUCAUCAGAUCAACCAUUUUUGUCCGGUGAUGCAAAAAUACAACUCGUAGAUAAGGUUUCCAACUUUUUAAGAAUGUUACUACCUGUGUCUCGAGUAGUAACGCGAGUUUCCGCUUAUCGAGGAGGCUCUUUGCUUCGUAGAUUUUCCUCGGAGUCUACUUCAGAUUCAGUCAAAUAUACACUCCCCGACACCUCUUUUAAAACUUAUGACUGUGAUCCACCUCCACUCGAAAUUGAA